UAUUUUUUUUGUCAUAAAUCAUUCGUGUCUUCCCUUAAACACUUUAUCCUCAUACAUUUGAUCAUAAACACUAUUUUUAUGGUUCUAUCUACUAUGAAUUUGUAAAUUUGGUAUCAGAGCCAUGACAAUUUAAGCUAAGAUAUAUAUAUAUAUAUCUCUCCUACAGAAUUUUAAUAUUUGUAAAUUGUUUCUAACUAUAAACUAAUAUGGAAAGUAUGACCCGUGGUUAUCACUUAGUGGAUCCUGCAUAUCAGAAAUCCGACUAAGCUAAAGAGAAAGAACAAAGAGAAAUAUUCUUGGGUACCUUGAGGUUUCAAAAGAGAAAAAAAAUUGUCUCGGUUAUGUAGCAAAAACACCUAAUGAAACUCUUCACUUUAUUCUUAGCGCUUAAUUCUAAUAAAAACAGUUAAUGGAUCAUUGUUACUUCAAGGGUUAGAUAAAAACCGUGAGCAUUUUAUUUUGGUUUCUGGUUUCUAUUUACACCAUGGAAAAUAUUUCUAUUUUUUCAACCCAACCAUCUUUUAGAAGAUCAACCUCUAGCAAAGUAGAUUAGAUACAUGAAGUAUGAUAUGUGAGCGAUGAUAGUAAAGUCCCUAUUAUCUAACUACCCCUACUCAACUCAUAGAAAGCCUUUACCAAACCUUCUUCCACUCUACCAAAGAUCAUAAAACACAUGUUUGCUCCAAACAAAUAUGUUGCUAAAGAACUCGUCAUAGCUUCACUAUUACAACAACAUUUGGUCCCAUCUACAGAAUCUGUACAAAUGAUUCCUCUCAAAUUCAGCAAAGGAAUGAUCCACCAAUGGAGAGCUCAUGGCUACACCUAUCUUCACUAUGGAACAAUUCGAUUGGCACUAAAUCUCCAUGGAAGAAAAAGUACUUAAUUCUCCCAUGAGAUACAAAAGAUGCACUCCUCAUUCAACAAGAAUCUCAACACAGUCCAUCAUGCAUCCAUAUACCCAGACAGAUUCCUAGAAACAAGCUUGUCAAGCUACUUCCGAGUUAUGAGUUCAAUUAAGAGAAGAUCCACGAAAGCAGUAUGCCAAUCAAAACAGUGGACUCUUCCAUUCUUAAGAGAAAAGACAGAACCGUUGAAAUAGCUUUCAAACAGCUAGACGACGAAAAACCUCGUCCUUCGGCUUUUUGCAGUGAGAUUAAUACGAUCUCCCCAUGUGACGAAUGUCUGGAAAUAAGAGAAUAUUUAACUGACGUCCGAAUCAAAUGAAUUGAUUGGGACGGAAAACCAGUAUAUGCAUUCUCUGAUUUAACGGGCCAUAAGUUCUUUGAUGUAUGUGAUUGCGACCAAUGCCAAAUAGAUUCAGAUGAAGAAGAAACUGCAAAACGGAAGAGCAGUAGAAGUAAAUCGUCCCAGCAAAAGCUUAAAGAGCGUUAUGAAUCAAGAGAUCCAGAAUCAACAUAUUUGGAGAAUCUAGUGGAAUGAGUUUUGCAUACUAUGUAUUGUAUCCAGCUCAUACACCUGAACAAAAUGAAGUACAUGAUUGCUAUAUGUUUAGCCCCUCGUUAUCUCAAGAACCAACAUUUUGCCACAUGUGUUUGA